AUAUUUCUAUCACAGAUACAAUAGAAUACACACAGAUGAAGGAAAACAAAAACGUAGAUUGAUUUAACUAUUUAGAACUAAAAAAAGAAAAAAAAUCCUGGAGUGUAUACUAGAAUGGCGACCAACGCCAGUGCAUUCCAAUUUUGCAAAUUUAGAACAUAAUCCUUUCGAUUGAUUGGAUUGCAAAUCAUUCUGUUUUGUAUUAUCCAUAUCAAAAUCAAUAACCUUUAGCUAUGGAACAAGGAUUCAUAAAGUCUGAUAAUGUGUCUAUAAUUAAUUUGUUAAUGCUAGGAGAGACUUUUUGCAUUUAAAACCAACUUUUGUUUGGGAAAAGGAAUUUAGAAAUAAGAAUUGUACUUAACACUUAAAAGUCCACUAAACUUUUACUAAAAGCUGUGGGACUUUUUAUAUUCGUAGAUAAGUCUUGAUGCUGCAACUCUAACUAUAGUUUACAAUGUCCAGAGAAUAGUCUUUGUCCUCUGCCUUUUCCAUUUGGGAAAGAAUAAAGAAUUAAUUCAGUUCUUGUUUAUGGCUUAAGAAUGAAGAAAAAAAAAGUUGGUGAACAAAAUUAGUUAUGAGGGCUGACAUUGACAUUUCAUUUGACAUAUCAAUAAAAAACGUACAUCGACCUAAAAGUUAAGUCUACUCACCACUAUCUUAAUAUUCUUGCUCGAGUUUUUAAUUUUUAUCCCUCUAAAAGAUUCGCGAUAGCAAUUCCAGAAAGUUACCAUUUAAAUUAGUGGUGGCCGUUCUUGCGGCUCGCUGAGAAUAGUGAUAAGUGACGAUGCGGAUGGUUCGCCUGGUUCUGGGCGGGCUGGGCUGAGGCGCUGAAUCCUCGCGCGCCAUGUACGAGGGCACGUGCGGCGCGGCGGCCGCGGGGCAGUGCGGCGCGGCGCAGCGCGAGGGCGAGGCGGCGCCGAGCGAGCCGCCGCCCGCGCCGCCGGAGCGCGACUAUAGCGGCUUCGACAUCGUCAAGGCCACGCAGUAUGGCGCCUUCGCGCGCGUCAAGGAGCUGGUGGAGGCCGGCUGGGACGUCAACCAGCCCGACCACGAGACGGUCACGCUGCUGCACUGGGCGGCGAUCAACAACAGGCAGGAGAUCAUCGCGUACCUGCUGGAGCGCGGCGCGCGCGUGGACGCGCUGGGCGGCGAGCUGCAGGCCACGCCGCUGCAGUGGGCGGCGCGCCAGGGCCACCUGGAGGCCGCCGUGCUGCUGCUGCGCGCCGGCGCCGACCCCGCGCUGCGCGACGCGGAGGGCUGCGCCAGCCUGCACCUGGCCGCGCAGUUCGGCCACACGGCCGUGGUGGCCUACCUGCUGGCGCGCGGCGCCGCGCCCGACGCGCCCGACGCCGGCGGCAUGACGGCGCUCAUGUGGGCGUGCUGGAAGGUGGCGGCCGUGGACCCCGCGCGCCUGCUGCUCACGCUGGGCGCGUCGCCGCAGCCCGCCGACGCGGCGCACGGCAACACGGCGCUGCACUGGGCCGUGCUGGCGCGCAACGGCACGGCCGUGUCCACGCUGGUGCUGUACGGCAACGCCAGCCUGGACGUGCCCAACCUGCGCGGCGUCACGCCGCUGGCCAUGCUGCAGGCGCACGCGGACGCGCCGUGGCUGGGCGCGCGGGUGGCCGAGCGCGUGCGCGAGCGCGCGGCGCUGGCGGAGCAGAGCGGCUGGCUGCGGCGCCUGGCCUACGACCGGAAGUUCCGCUGGUGCUGCGUGGCGGGCGCGCCGUUCGUGGCCUUCUACCUGGCGGGGCAGGUGCUGCAGGCCGCGGCCGCGUACGCGCUGAAGGCGGCGCUGCUGGGCGCGCUGCUGGCGCUGCUGCGCGCGCUGGCCGGCGCGCUGCCCGACGACGAGCUGCGCGCGCUGCUGCCGCUCAGCGUGUACCUGGCCACCAAGGCGUGGUUCUACAUCUCGUGGGCCGCCUUCGUGGCGCCCGCCGUGCCGCGCGCCGCCACGGCCGGCUUCGCGCUCAGCUCGCUGCUGCUGUGGUACGCCUUCGUGCGCUCGUGGCGCGCCGACCCGGGCGUGCUGCGCGCCGACCGCGCCGAGCAGCUGCGCACCAUCGUGGCGCUGGCCGAGCGCGGCGGCGCCGGCGGCUUCGCGCCCGCGCGCUUCUGCUCCGCCUGCCUGCUGCGCCGCCCGCUGCGCUCCAAGCACUGCUCCGUGUGCAACCGCUGCGUGGCCAAGUUCGACCACCACUGCCCCUGGGUCAACAACUGCAUCGGUGCGGGCAACCACCGGCCCUUCGUGGGGUUCCUGUGCUGCCUGCUGCUCAUGUGCGGCUGGGUGCUGUGGGGCGGCGCGCGCGCGCUGCGCCUGCGCUGCGGGCCCGCGCCCUCCUGGCCCGCGUGCUGCCCGUGGCUCGUGUGGGUGCUGCUGCACGCGGCCUUCCACCUGCUGUGGGUGGGCGUGCUGGCGGGCUGCCAGCUGUACCUGCUGGUGUGCCUGGGCAUGACCACCAACGAGCAGCUCAACCGCGGCCGCUACCGCCACUUCCCGGCCGGCGGCCGCUCGCCCUUCUCGCGCGGCCCGCUGCGCAACCUGGUGGACUUCCUGGGCUGCGGCUGCGGCCUGCUGGCGCCGCGCGCGCGCGACUGGGCCGCCGCCGGCCUGGACGACGACGCGCACUCCGUGUGACCGUUGCAAACGCGCUCUGAAUAUCCACCUACCGCCGAUUCCUACUUUGGCAGACGCAGAUCGUGGUGCAGUAUUGCGCGCGCUCCGUUCCCGGCGGGGUGUAUGCGUGGAGCGCGUGCGCGGCCGAGCACGAGUAGUCAGUAUUAGUACGAGAGUGCUCCAUGUAAAUACUUUUAAAAUAAAUUUGAUCACAAAUGUAUAAAUCUAAUCUUUGUAUAAUACUAGAUGCGCUUAAUGUGGAUUUAACGCGAACAAAAUAUUCUAUAUACUAAUUCCUACUUCUGUCGUACCACGUUUGUACCGCCGCCCGGCGCGCGAGCCGCGCCCGCCUGUCGAAGCCUUUAUGAAGAACGCUUUGAGACGGCGUUGUAAUAUAUACCAAAUGCAUUUCAAAUAAAUAUCUUAACAAAAGUG